AUGGCCACCUUGACCCAGUAUUCCACCCAGAUGGGCUUCAUCGCGGCGAGAGCGCCAUCGGACAAGCCUCCUUUUUACCGGUCUGCAGCCGGAGAGGGCUUCGAGGUCAGCAAUUUCAGCCAGGAGCAGCACACCGUCAGCGUCUCUGAUGCAAGACCUGUUUUUGAUUCUUUUAACCUCGAUACGCACGGAUUUGCCUUUGCGGUGGACCCUGAGGGCACCCGCCCCGAGAUCCUGGAUGCCAUCCGCGCGGGGGACAAGGAAACAGUGCGCCUGCUAUACUAUCCUAUUGUCGAGGAGUUGGUCAAGCGCCAGACUCAGGCAUCGCGCGUGGUCAUUUUUGAUCAUACUGUGCGACGCCGGGAGGCAGCAUUGGCUGGGAAGAAUCCAAAUGGCCGCGAACAACCUGCGAGUACAGUUCACUGUGACCAAUCCCCAUUGGGUGCGCGAAGACGUAUCUAUCAGCAUCUACCUGACGAGGCAGAUCAGUUACUGAAGGGCCGGGCCCAGAUCAUCAAUGUGUGGCGUCCAUUAAAGGGCCCCGUCCAGGAUUGGCCCCUCGCUAUGAUGGAUUGCACGACCUUGGCCAAGGCGAGCAUCCACCCGACUCAGUUAUACCGCAACCGAUUUGAGCUCAGGGGGGAGACGGUCAGCAUCAGCCAUCGUAAAGAUCAGCGUUGGUACUAUCUGGACCGGCAGAAAACAGAUGAGAUAACGUUUAUCAAGAUCUGGGACAGCAAGGAGGGAGUUUCAGGAUACAUGUGUGCCCAUUGCGCGUUCCAGCACCCAAACACCCCCGAGGAUGCGCCUCUACGCGAGAGUGUCGAGGUUCGCUGCUUGGUUUUCUACGAUGAUGAGGCAUAG